AAGAUGAUUAAUCAGAGGGGAUGAAAGAUGAAGAGCGGAGAAGUGGGGAUUAGAACUUGGAGUCGACUCUCAAAACUGCAAACCCUAUAUUUGUGCCAUUUAAAUAAACUUAUAAUCCUGAUUUUACAAUUGCAGAGAAAAUACUCGGUGUUCUCUCUAUUUACUCUUCCCAUAGUCCUCUCGGGCUCCGAUUUGUAUGUAUAAACACCCGCAAAACCAUGUCUGCAAUUCAGAGAAGCCAACUGGAUCUCUUGGAGUUCAUUGAUUGGACAGGGAUUGAGUGUCUGAAUCAGAACCCUAGUCACCCUUUUGGCAAUGCUCUUAAACAGGGUUAUAGGGAAGAUGCUGGUUUGUUUUUGGAGAGUGAUGCGGAUGAGCAACUCUUAAUAUAUAUACCUUUUACCCAAGUAAUUAAGCUUCACUCUAUGGUCCUGGAAGGUCCCGAGGAAGAAGGUCCAAAAACAGUAAAACUUUAUUCCAAUAAGGAGCAUAUGGGGUUCAGCAAUGUUAAUGACUAUCCACCAAGUGACACAACUGUUUUAACCUCGGAUCACAAUAAGGGCCUACCGAUUGCUGUAAAGUAUGUCAAGUUUCAAAAUGUUCGCAGUUUGACCAUUUUUAUCGAGGAUAAUCAAUCUGGGUCUGAGAUUACGAAAGUGAAAAAAAUUGGCUUAUAUGGAACUACGGUGGAAACUACCGAUAUGAAAAGUUUGAAAAAGAUAGAAGACCAUUGAUUCUGGAAUGAGCCAAGAAAGGACUGGCGCAUUUUCACCAGUUUGAAACCUUGUAUUUCACCAUUUUGAUGUUGCAGCUUCUGAACUCUUUACCUUUAGAAUUGUAGCGGUAGCACUUGGAACUGUUUAUGCAACUUGUUCAUCAUACAUAAACAUUAGAAUCUGCUUAGGCAAGUUUUUUAUUUUUUUUUAAUUCAAAAUUUUCCUUGCUUCUUUUUUAUAGUAAUAUAAGCUUAACUUCUCUA